GCCAGGUGAGGGGAGUCAGGCGUCAGCCAGAGCACCAACUGCACGCUCUCGUCGCCCACAAGCAGAUCAUUCUAAACCCUAAUUUAGGACAUCUGCACAGUUGGAUUACAUAGCUGGGUUCUGUAACUAUUAGUUCGGUGUGACCUCUGCCACAGGAUGUCCCUAGCCAGCUCCCUACUCGGUGACCUGAAGCACGGCUUCAGACUGCCCAUCACUCGACGAGGACUAUUUUCCCAGGAUGACUUCUUCAGCGGAUUCCAGAAGGACUACAGUCGGGCCGUCGGCGAUGUGCUGGACCGGUGGGGCAACCGCGCCUCUAAGGCCGACCGCUUCGCCUCCUACAGGAGACUGAGGGAGAGGGACGCCUCGGAGGACAGUCAGGCAGCCACCAUCUCCGAGACUCCAGAUGUCUAUGUGAUCGUGCUCGACAUGAGCGUGUACGCGAGUGGAGAGAUGACGGUGCAGACGGUGGGGUACUCUGCCCUGGUGCAGGCAAAGGUCGGCCAGCGCACCUACUGUCGCAGCUUCCCGCUCCCCAAGGACACCAUCAUUGACCGCGUUGUGGUCGACCUCUCUGACGAAAACAUCCUGACUGUCACCGCGCCCAGGAAGGGUAAGGGCGUUGCCAUAAAUGUCGACUCGACAGGUGACUCAAAGUCCACCACCAUCAGCUCGACGCGCGAAUCAGGUGCCGACUUAACAUCCCUCGAGUCAGAAAUAAUUCCUUUAACGUUGCAAACCGCCCAGACGUCGCCAGCGUCAACAGCAGAGGAGCGAGUAAUUCACACUCAGGUGGAAGGCGCUAAAGCCACCGCUACAGAGAGUGUUAAAACAGAGGCGGUUCGCAGGGGGUCCAGCUCGAGAAUCAUUCCUCUGAAUAUUGAAGGAGAGACGGCCUCUUCCCAGACAGACGAGGGUGGAGCUCAUCCAGCAGCCGCGCAGCCAGAGAAGAGUCAAGUUUCAAGCACAUACGAAAGGGUAAUUCCCACUGUUAUUGACAGCGGGACAGCCAGUUCCUCAACAACCUCUCACACAGCCUCUAGUCAGGGUCGGGUACUUCCGAUUAAAAGACGUGGUAGAUUCUUCCAGGACUCUACCUUUGAGAAGGUCUGGGAUGAUUUUGAGUCCGCCAUUGAUGAUCUGAUGUCCCGGCGCGGAUCCCGAACGGGUCUGGAGGACGACAGGUUCCAGUCCUACAGGAACCUCCGCCAGUGCGUCCAGCAGGAAGAUAAUCAAGCUGCCACUGUCUCUAAAGAAAAUGGAGAAUAUAAGAUCGUUGUGGACGUGAAGGACUUCGUGGAUGGUCACCUGGACGUGAAGGCGGAGGAAGGGGCGAUCGUGGUCACCGGCAGGAAGGGGCCCUGUUCCUUCGAGCGACGGUUCUCCAUCGCUGGACUCACUCAGCCCGACAAGGUCGCUGCCUCGCUCUCCGCCGACGGAGUCCUCACUAUUACGUCCCCAAAAUAAAUGCCAUUUGUUAUCUGACAAGGUGGUGACAGGCUUAGUUUUUCAUUUCAUGAAAUAUAAACGUUUGUAACUACAUCAUGUAGGCCUACCAAGUGACUGUCACAAAGCGUCAGUACAUUUUGUCAUUUACUUAGGAAGAGAUGAUUAAACUUUUGUACUUCCUCAAAUAUCUGCUCUCUUUCUAAGUUGUAUAAGUUCUAAGUUGUACAAGUUGUAUAAGUUUUAAGUUGUAAGUCCAACCACUUGGGAUGGACGGUAGAGCGACAGUCUUGCUUCAUGCAGGUCGGCGUUCAAUCCCCGACCAUCCAAGUGGUUAGGUACCAUUCCUUCCCUUUCCCCCGUCCUAUCCCUAAUCCUUAUCCUGAUCCCUUCCAAGUGCUAUAUAGUCGUAAUAGCUUGGCGCUUUCUCCUGAUAAUUCCCUUCCCAUCUAAGUUAUAACUGAGCUUUACCUGUGAUGAUGAUAAAGCGUUAAGAGUCCAGCCUCGUAUAUGGCAAUAAAGUCAAAUUAUCAGAAACA